AUGAACACUGAAAAUGAAUUUCUUGCUGUAUUUUUAAUAAACAUAUUACAAAUUCUACAUGUGUGCUUCUUCUCCUUCCAGAAACCGAAGCCUAAAAUCUCUGCUUCUCGCAGACUGUUCUUAAAGACCAAACUGCUAAAGAAGGCCAUGACCAUGCUGGAGAAGGACAAGCAAUUUAAAAAAGAUGAACGAGAGAGGAUUCUCUCUGAGAGAGUCCCAGGACUCCAAAUGUCAGGCCUGUCCCAGCAGGAACUACAGAAUCUUUGCAAAGAGCUUCACCAGAAAAUCGAUGUGGUUGAUGAAGACCGAUAUGACAUUAAUGCUAAAGUGACGAUAAAUGAUAAGGAGAUACAGGACUUGGCUCAGAAGAUCUUUGAGUUGAAGGGCAAAAUGAAGAGACCAAACCUGAGAAGGGUGAGGGUGUCUGCUGACGCCAUGCUGGGAGCUCUGCUGGGCAGUAAGGUCAAAGAGUCUGUGGACUUCAAGGCCAACCUCAAGACUGUGAAGAAGGAGGAGGAGAAGAAAGAGGAAGUGACUGACUGGCGUAAGAACGUGGAGUCCAUGUCCGGUAUGGAGGGCAGAAAGAAGCUGUUUAAUGCUGGCCAGUAGAAUCGCUGAAUGUCAUUGUGAAUGUGUUUGGUGCUCUAAACAGGUGGAACCAGGGAAUAAUAAGUUCACUUCAUUACAACAGUGAACAUGAACACUAGGGUAACAAGCAGUUGUCUUGCACAGUUGAUGUGUCAUGGUUGUGUAAAUGUCAAAAGUGAACAUGUUCAACUUAAUGAUAAUUCACACAAUACAUAUAUUUUAUUCAUAAUGUAUGAGGUAUUAUGGAAAACAUAUCUAUUUAAGAAAACCAAAGCUCUGUAAUGCUUUUGCAGUUUUUAGUAUAAAGAUGAUUUCAUGAACCCACCACUAUUGGCUGUCCAGAUAACAUGUAGUAAUAUAACGGCCUCGCUUUUUGACUUCUGCUAUGGACAACAAUAAACAGGGAAAGGAAACUAAAUUGGAAUAUUUGUCCUAAUUAAUGAACAUUUGAUCCGAAUCAUUCUGUAAAAUCCUUUUCUUCAAAAGCAUCUUUGGUAUUCAUGGGAUUUCCAGGUUAAAAAUUUUUGCCUGUCUAAUAAAGAGAGUGAAUACUGAAUACACAUUCCAGGGGCAGCUAAUUGAUGUUAACUGUUCAUGGAGUCAAGUUGAGCAUCCCUGAAAACUAAUGAGUGUAUAAUUCCACUAAGUUAUUUAAGAGCAAAAGCUGUGAAUGGUGUUUCAAAUAAUAAAAUAAAAGUGAUGUGCUCA